AUGGCCGACAGGAAAGAGCCGCCCUUCUUCAACGAUGAGAGCGUGGGCUCCUUCCAGUACAAGCUGCCCUUCUACGACACCAUGGAGCUCUACAUAGAGACGCUGACCGGAACCUGCUUCCAGCUCCGAGUGCUGCCCUUCGAACCCAUCCUCUCUGUCAAGGCCAAGAUCCAGAGGCUCGAAGGGAUCCCCGUGGGCCAGCAGCACCUGAUCUGGAACAACGUGGAGCUGGAUGAUGAUCACUGUCUCCAUGACUACGGGAUCGCAGAGGGCUGCACUCUGAAGCUGGUGCUGGCCAUGAGAGGAGGCCCCAUCAACACCAGGAAAGUGACCGUGGAGGAGCCGGCCAAGGACCUGGGCGAGCUGAUGGACCCCACCAAGGACCAGAGCGCGCCCAACAAACAGGUCACGUUUGUGGUCUACAGAGAAGGAGACCAGCUCAACUUCUUCAGAGUGGUGGACCGAGGAGACGGCACGCUCACGCCCCUGUCCCAGUCCAUCAGCGGGGGCUCGGUGUGUAACGUGUUCCCGGAGGAGGAGGACGGGGAGAGCGCUCUAGAACAACACAGCCGCCAAAACUGCAUCACCAUGAGCAAGAUGAAGAUGCUCAAGGCCAAGAUGGAGGACAUGAACCUCAACAAGAAGCCCAAGAAAUCUGGCAAAGUGAAGCCCCGCCCCCCUGUCUCCCCCCACCCCUCGCUCCUCACCCCCUCCCCCUCUGCCCAGAGACACUAUCCUCAGCAGCGGUUCUUCAGAUCCCUGUCCUACCUCCCACCCAGCCGCCCCUCUGCCUCCCAGCUGCCCCCCCUCCAGGACCCCAGUGAGCCCCACUUCUACACCUCCCCCUCCCCGUCCUCCUCCUAUGCCCUCCAGGACGAGCAGUGGGACACCUGCCCUCCUCUGGCCAACAUCCGCCCCCCUCCCAAAGUGUCGCGGCUGGAGCUGGGCGGGCGGCUGAUGCGGGACUGCGUGUACCCCCAGCUGCCGCCGCUGUGCACUCGGGGGGGCCCUGACGCAGAGAACCUGGGGCUGCGGCUGCUGGAGGAGCCCUUCUCAGAGUUCACAGACCCUCUGACGCUGGACGUGUCGAGCCCCAGAGACGCCGCGCUGCAGAUGUCGUGGGCGCUGGACUCCAGAGACCGCGCCUCGGUCCGCCUCGGCCCACCCUCUCCCGGCGCCGCGCAGACUCUGGUCAAACCGGUGUCUCCUCUGCCCUCGCGCUGCCUCCGAGGGGUGAAGGUGGAGUCCCCCGGCAGGAGGCCAGAGCUCCUCAGCAAGAGAGAGGCCCGAGGGAUCACCAGGGCGGCAAACCAGGCCUGCAAGCAGCCUGCCGGGACGCUGAGCCAGACCGAGCUCAUGGCCUCUCUGUCCUCCAGACCCACCCUGUCCUCCAGACCCACCCUGUCCUCCAGGCCCACCCUGUCCUCCAGACCCACCCUGUCCUCCAGGCCCACCCCAGGCAGGACUGACAGUGAUGGAGGGAGGGAGAAGCUGCCUCUGCACUGGGGCGUUACGACACAGAUGGCGUCCAGCAGUGAGACGGCGGCCGCUGGAGUCCUGACCUCUGUGGGGAGAAUAGGCUCCUCGUCUCAGCCUCUGCCUCCCGUCCGGGCGUCUGCUGGAGCCAAGAAGAAGACCUCCUCCUCUAAGCACUGCUUCCACUGCGGCAAGAAGACCGGCCUGGCCACCAGCUUCGAGUGCAGGUGUGGUCAGAACCUGUGUGCCUCCCACCGUUACGCCGAGAGUCACGCCUGUUCCUAUGACUACAAGAGUUCUGGGCGCCGCCUGCUGCUGGAGGCCAACCCGCUCAUCAGCGCCCCCAAGCUGCCCAAGAUCUGA